AAUGAGGAUUUGACAUCAGUGCAGAUAUCUGGCGGCCCCAAUAGAUGGGAAGUAUUGACUCCAGCCCAGGCUGCAUUAAAGGAUGAAUCUGGUAACAUAGUGCAACUUCCUGGAGGGGCUACAGUAACAUCAAGUGGACAGUAUGUGCUUCAGUCUUUGCAAAACCAACAUCUGUUUUCUGUAGCAGGGUCAGAUACUGCUAAUGGUACAUUAUCUAAUGUUCAAUAUCAAGUCAUACCACAACUACAAACAACUGAUGGCCAGCAGGUUCAGCUUGGAUUUACCACAACCUCUGAUAACGGUGGCUUAGAUCAAGAAUCUGGUCAGAUACAAAUAAUUCCUGGAAAUCAUUUGUCCAGUCAAAAUAUAUUAACACAAGCUGGUCAGAUUCAAGGAGUUACAAUUGGAGGUUCUUCAUACUCUGGCCAAACCCAGGUUGUUGCUAAUGUCCCCAUUGGACUUCCUGGUAAUAUCACAUUUGUUCCAAUAAACAGUGUUGAUCUAGAUUCAUUGGGCCUUUCCGGUAGCUCUGAAGCCAUGACAGCUGGCAUUACAUCAGACGGACAUUUAAUAAAUGCAGGUCAGGCUAUGGAUGGCUCUGAUACCCCUGAAAGCACUGCAGAACGUGAACAUAUUUCUCCUGAAGCUAUUGAUGCUAAUUCAGAUACAGAUUUGUUUGUGCCAACAUCUUCUUCAUCUCAGCUUCCUGUUACUAUAGACAGUGCUGCAAUGCUCCAUCAAAGUGCUGACAGUCCAAGUGGACAUGUGCAAGCUUCUGAUCUGCAGGGGAACUAUAUUCAAGCUUCAGUUCAUGAUGAACAGAAUCUACAGGUGUCAACAUCACAAACAAUGGUACAACAAAUCCAGCUACAUGAAAGCCAGCAACAGACAAAUCAAGCCCAGCUUGUGCAGAGUAUUGCACAGCAGGCACUCCAAGCUGUUCAAGCAGGUGGUCAAGGCAUAUCAUCACAAGCCCUGCAAAACCUUCAAUUGCAACUUAAUCCAGGAACAUUCUUAAUUCAGGCUCAAACAGUGACUCCAUCAGGACAGAUUGCGUGGCAAACCUUUCAAGUUCAAGGAGUACAGAACUUGCAGAACUUACAGAUACAGAAUUCCUCUGCUCAACAAAUAACCCUGACUCCAGUGCAAACUCUCACACUUGCAGGAGGGGGAACACCAGUUAGCUUGAGCACUGGUCAGUUGCCAAACCUACAAACUGUUACAGUAAACUCUGUUGAUGCAACAGGUAUCCAUUUACAGCAUGGAGAUAAUUCGGAUAGCCCAACAG